CUAUCUUAAUUCUUAACACUCACUCACUCAUAUCAUAGUACACAAAAGUUACAUUCCACAAAGUUUUUCAUACUAUCAUCAGAUCACUAAUUUUUGAGCAACAAAUUUACAAACUUAUCAAGCUCAACAAAAUAUCAACAACAGGGAAAGUAGUUAAAAUGGCGCAUGAUCAGCAACGACGAGGAGAAGGGGGAGCUAUAAAGUACGGUGAUGUCUUUGAGAUGUCGGGCGAGAUGGCGGAGCAGCCCAUUUCGCCGAGGGAUGCUGCGGCGAUGCGGUCGGCCGAAAAUCGGGCUUUCGGAAAGACUAUCAAAGGUGGUCCAGCUUCUAUUAUGCUUGAAGCUGCUAAAAAAAAUGUUGAAGCUGGUAUUGUUGGACCUGAAUCUGAUGAUGCUCAUACUUCUCACCAAGGCCUGGUAGAGGGAAAUCCAUGGCAUGAGUCCCAACCAUCACACGCGCAGAUGGAAUCAGCUCUAUCAGUGGAAGGAAUGGGAGAUAUUGGUGCAACUGGGGUAACCAUGGGAGAAGCAUUAGAAGCAGCUGCUGAGGCUGUAGGGGACAAACCUGUCGAUCACUCUGAUGCAGCUGCUAUACAGGUCGCAGAGAUGAUCGCCACAGGAACUAAUGCUGCUCUUGGUUCCGGUUUAGGCGCUGAAGCCCAGGCUGCUGCCACUGUUAACGAACAAAUGAUGUAUGAUGAAGACAAGACCAAGCUCUCUGAUAUCAUCGGGGGAGCCACAAAUAGUCUUACCGACGAUAAGCCAGUAACAAAGUGGGAUGCAGAACGUGUAAAAGCAGCUGAGCUGAGAGGUAGUGCUGAAGGGGUGAUAGGGUCGCACCGCGGUGUUAAGCAGUCUACGACUCCUGGUGGUGUGGCAGAGGCUGUGGAAACUGCUGCCAGGAUCAACCAAUCUGCUAACUGAAUGUGCAGCGCUUAGUACUGAUGGCUAUGCAUAUACAUGUUGAUCACAUUUUCUUUUCUGCUUUUUGCAUUUUUGUUCUCCACAUGAGAUGUGGAUAUGAUGUGAUAUAUGUAGUUAAAUGUUAUCGUUCAACAGGGGUAUGUUGUAUGAAUUGGGGCUUAAAUGUGUUUUCUGAUCAUCAAUGGUGCAGGCCAUGAAUCACAAAUAUGAACUGUCUAAACAGAUUGCAAGA